GAUAAAUAAAGGGCUUAAAAUCUCUUCUAUGAAUGGAGUUGACGCUACUGCUUCUCCAUUCAAUUCAAUUGAAGGUAAAAUAUGCAUACCGUUCUUGUUGCUCUUCCAGUAUUCUUCCAGUCUAAUGAGUCGACUAACCAUUUUCAAAGAAAGUUUCAUUCAAUAUGUAUCUUACAGUGAUUUUAACAAUUAGUGAUGUUUUUUGAAUAUUUAAUAUGAAGGCACAAAAGUUGAAGAGAGAUGAAUAUUUUUACACAUUUCGAUCUCCAACGUUUUAUGCCACACUUGGCUUUCACAAAACGUCUCGACUAAAAAAUACUGGCUAUUUCUUCUGAUGAUGUGAUGUCAAGAGCAAAUGAAAAUUCCUUGGACAAGCCUGUGGUUACUUCAACUUUUAAGUGUACCAGCAAAAAUUAUUUUCUUUUAUUGAAAGAAGUGCCCAUGCUAUCUCAAUUUGGACCGAUUCAAUAUCCUAUGCUUAUUGAAAAUGCAUCUUGAUCAUACGAGUAGAUUGUAUUAAUGGUUGCAGCUAUAACCACUUUUCGAAUAGAUGGCACUUCUCGAAUUUCGUAAUGUAACAGUGAGCAGAAAUCUAUCGAAAUUUUGCCUCCGACCAGUUUCUCCAACGAAGUUUUCUGUCUAUGGUGACUGCAAACAGCGCCCUCCAACAGUCAAUUUAUGGACUGAAUCACGAGAUAGUAGAAAUCUAACAAUAAAUGGUCGCUUGGGCGCAGACGGAAAGACGGAGAAAGCGCAUACGUCAAGCGAAUUGUCAAAUAGUCAGUAAUUAUAGCAGAACAUGGCGCUCUAAGGUGGAAUACAUUCGGGUAAUAUUAGCGAAGAUUCUUUUAAUGAGAAUAGCGGAGACAAAUUCCCGAUGAGAGCGCUAUUCCAUACUGUAAAGCAACUGGGCAACAUCAUUUGAGCUGAUGAAGUGAAUCAAAUCUUGUGUUUUUGUGUUCAACUACCCCAUUUGUGUAUAAGUGAAUUGUUGUGAACAAUCUGCCCAUGGGGAGAAGGCUAUGAUUUGUGAAAAUGGGAGCUCAAAGUACUAAAGAAAGAGCACUGACUGUUUCUUCGCAUUCUAGUAGGACAGCCACAAGGACUAGACCUAGGCCGUUGAAAGAUGGACGUCAAACGGUUUCCAAUAUUUUUACAGAACAUAAUGAGGCGUUAUUACAGAGCCGUCCUCUUCCUCACAUUCCUAGUUUACCAGAAAGUGAUCCACCAGGUACACUCAGUAGCUCCGGCCUCGGCACCCUCAACAGUUCGUCUUCGGGGGCAGCCACUACGCCCCUAUCCUUCGAAACUGCCAACAGAUGGACCUCCAAAGAAAACCUGCUGGCUCAAGAGGAGAACGAUCCUCAGCUAUUCGUAGCUCUCUAUGAUUUUCAAGCUGGCGGGGAGAAUCAACUCAGUCUGAAAAAAGGUGAACAAGUUCGAAUUCUGAGCUAUAACAAGAGUGGUGAAUGGUGUGAAGCACACUCUUCAACUAAUCAAAUUGGAUGGGUGCCAUCCAAUUAUGUAACCGCAGUCAAUUCCUUAGAGAAGCAUUCAUGGUACCACGGUCCUAUAUCAAGAAAUGCUGCUGAAUAUUUAUUAAGUUCUGGUAUCAAUGGCAGUUUUUUGGUGAGGGAAUCCGAAAGUAGUCCUGGCCAAAGAAGUAUAUCGUUAAGGUACGAGGGUAGAGUAUAUCACUAUCGGAUCAACGAAGACGGGGAGGGCAAGGUAUACGUGACGGCGGAGAGUAAAUUCAGCACGUUGGCCGAACUGGUACACCACCAUUCCAUGCUGUCUGACGGCCUAAUAACGCAACUGCUCUAUCCCGCCCCCAAGCACAACAAGCCGACGGUCUUCCCCCUCAGUCCGGAGCCGGACGAAUGGGAGAUAAACAGGACCGACAUCGUGAUGAGGCACAAGCUCGGAGGCGGCCAGUACGGCGACGUUUACGAGGCGGUAUGGAAGCGGUACAACAUGACGGUGGCCGUCAAGACCCUGAAGGAAGACACCAUGGCCCUGAAGGACUUCCUGGAGGAGGCGGCCAUCAUGAAGGAGAUGAAGCAUCCCAACCUGGUGCAGCUGAUGGGCGUCUGCACGAGAGAGCCGCCGUUCUACAUCAUAACGGAGUUUAUGAGCAAGGGUAACCUGUUGGAUUAUCUGAGGAACGGCAACAAAGAGAACAUAAACGCCGUGGUGCUUAUGUAUAUAGCGACUCAGAUUGCGAGCGGCAUGAGCUACUUGGAGAGCAGAAGUUUCAUCCAUCGGGAUUUGGCCGCGAGGAACUGCCUGGUAGGUGAAAACCACCUGGUCAAAGUGGCCGACUUCGGUCUGGCCAGGUUGAUGAGAGACGAUACCUACACAGCGCAUGCCGGUGCCAAGUUUCCCAUCAAAUGGACAGCCCCGGAAGGCUUGGCCUACAAUAAGUUUUCGACGAAAUCAGACGUGUGGGCUUUUGGAAUUCUGCUGUGGGAGAUUGCCACUUACGGAAUGUCCCCCUACCCGGGGGUGGAUCUGACCGAUGUUUACCACAUGUUGGAGAAGGGGUACCGGAUGGAAUGUCCACCAGGGUGUCCGCCCAAAAUAUACGAACUGAUGAGGCAGUGCUGGCAGUGGCAUGCGCACGAAAGACCUACGUUUGCAGAAAUUCAUCAUGCAUUGGAGAAUAUGUUUCAGGAGUCGAGUAUUACAGAGGAGGUAGAAAAACAACUGCAGGGAAACGAGAUCGCUGUGCCUACUGGAACCCCCCACCUAUCAUUUAAAAAGUCCCAUUCUGGAAGCACAGGAAAUAUUCAUAGUUUAGUAGGAUUAAUUGAUCAAAGUAGUGAUAACAACACCAUGACAACAAAACUAUCUACAUUCACUGGUGGUUCAAAAAAUAAUUUAGUACAAAUGAGGCGAACAACAAAUAAGAAAGGGAAAACUGCACCGGCCCCUCCAAAAAGAACAAGCUUGCUAUCUUCUUGCAGUUCAUUCCGCGACAGCACCGUCGAGGAUCAUGCAGGACAGAUCGAGGCUACAGGAGACGAAGGAACCUGUGAUUUAAAUGGUAUAUUUAAAAAGAGAUAUAAAGGUAUAACCAAAGAUCUUCAGAACCUGACAGCUAGUGCUAAAGGAGAUAGUGAGAGUGACUUGCAAGACCAAACACCUGAUACCGAUGACUCUGGUGCUCAUUCCUAUCCAGAUAUAUCGAUGGUCAGUACUUUGGGCGGCGGCGCUAUUACAGGCUCUUUCAAAAGAGCGCCUAUGAUGGGAAAUAGGGCGGUAGGACAACGAACUGGAAAAAAGACGAAGUCUAAAGAAACCCCUCCUGUGCAUGUAGCUGCUCUGGAGGUACAAAAUGUUAGAAAAGCUAUUAGUCGAUAUGGAACCCUGCCCAAAGGAGCUAGAAUAGGCGCUUAUUUAGAGUCGUUACGACAAAGCGGCAUGUCUAACAAUGAAGAAUCUCAAACAAAUAAUCCAACGAAUACCUGUGCAACAGAACACGAAACAACUCCCAAAAGUCUUUCACCUAAAACUACCUUAAGAAAUCAACCUCAAAUGAUAAGAAGCAACUCAUCUAGUGGAGUCACUUCUUUUCAUGCUCCGCAUCCACCUAGUUCUCCAACUUCUGGAAAAUUGUCAAGAAAUAGGAACCUGAACCGAAAUAACACCACAGGAGAUGUGAGGAAUAGUUUGCGAACAUUCAGGAGCUCGCAGGAUAAUAACUUUAGAGGUGGCAGUCCUUCAAGAUCUAUUCAACCAACAUUAGCCGAUCUUGAAUUUCCACCUCCACCUACCGAUUUACCACCUCCUCCUGAAGAAUUCGAUGGCACGGUAGAUGUAGAUUUCACAACUACUGUCAUGACUUCUUCAAUUGAAAUGAAGAAGAAAAUCAUUCCCAUAUCACCACUGACCACUAAAAAAAUCAAUAGAACCAUAGACAAAACCGAACCUUCUUCCUUUAUCAAUAAUUCUCAAGCUACAGGCAGUAGUAGGUUUGGCAUAAGUUUGAAGAGAAGAGAUAGGGAGAAUAGUGGGCAGCGUUCUAGUCUUAACAGUCCUAGCCAAGAAGUUAGAAGUCCCCUGGGUGAGGCAGCCCCGAGUUUCCCUUCUCUCAACUCACCUAUGGAAUCUUUGCCACCUAGUUUUCCGGAAAAAGCUUUGGAUGGUGGAGAAGCCAAAGACAACAUAGAAGACAAUAAAAAUUCCAAAGUAUUCAAAAAUAAGCUGAUACUAAAAGAGAUGGAAUUGAAAUUAGUGGCGGAAAUCAAGGAAAGAGCGGAUCAAAAAAUAAAAAACCCUAACGAGUCUCCCCUUUUGGAACCUGUUUUGGCUGUGAGUAGCAUAAGUCACGAUCCUGUAGCUCAGCUUGUCUCCGAGCUCUCGCAAACUUUCAAUUUAGACAAAAGAGAGGUUAGAACUGAAAAAGACGGGGAGACUUGUAAGAAGAUCGCAUCUAACAAUGGCUCUCCAACGGCAACAUCGAAGUCGACAGAAAACAAUGGCCAUUUUGUGCCGCAGCUCAAAAAAAUCGAUUGUACAAAAAAAGCCAAUACCAAAGAAAAUAGCGAAUCCGUUAACGAUUCAUCCGUUAUAAUAGACUUCAAGUCAAGACUGAGAAAAGUGGAAACGGACAAGAAAGACGGGCAAGCUGAAAAAACCGAAAACGAAACCGAAACAGAAGUAUUAUCGAAUAAGAGAGAGAGCACCGCUAGUUCGGAUAGCGGCAAUCAAAAAUUAGACGAAGAAGAUAAGAGAAAGAGCACGGGAAGCAUAAGCAGUUUGAAAAAAUUGUGGGAAUCGAAGGAACCAGCCGAGAGUGGAAAUGUGCAGUUGAGUCCAAAGUUGUCUGUGAAAAAUAAAAGCGACGAAAUAAUUGACGAGAACUCACCGGUGGACACUUCGGACGAAUCGAUGAAAGCGGAAAAACAGAAAUACGAAAAGCGGAUAUGGCCGCCCGGAAACAACGACGAGAAACCUACUAUACCGGCCAAGCCUCCGGUAAAAACCAUCAAGCCCGUCCUGAAUCGUCCCAGCGGGCCGGCCAUAUACGCCACUCCUAUUUCAACGAAUUCCAACAACGGAAAACCGCCAAUAUCCGCCAAACCCCAGAAUCUGGAGAACAAGAGUCCCGACAAAGAACCACCAUCCGACAAGACCAGCAAGGAAACCAUCUUGGAGAUAUCCCAGUCGCUAGAAUCGAACCUAAACAAUAUCAGAUCGAACACCUCGGUUUCCUCGGCGACGUGGUUGCAACUUUCCGACAAGAUCGGGCUUCUUCACGGCUCCUGUAUGGACUACGCGGAUAACGUCGGUCCGGCCCAUGCCAAAUUUCAAUUUCGCGAACUUCUGACCAGAUUGGAAACGCAGGCGCGGCAGAUCCGAUCUGCCGGUUCUAGAAAUUACUCUGAAAAUACUCGGUAUAUUAAUGAAGUGAACAACACCAUCAAAGACGUUGUGAAUGUGGUUUUUCGAUAGACAUUUCAACUAUUUAUAUACAUAUAUCUCAUUUGAAAAAUUAUUUAUUUCGAUCUUUAGGACCACUUUUUUAUUUUUUCUCUCCCCCUCCUAUUUAGGUAAGUGAUACAAUCUAUAUCAAUGUACGGAAGUAGAGAGACUUCUAGAUGUGGUGGAAAUGCAUAGAGAAUUUUUUUGUAUGAAUUUGAUCUUCAGAAUGAUGAUGAAUGUUCUUGUGCAUUCGCUGUACAGGGUGAGUUUUCGACUUGUAAAUAUAUUUUAACAGUAGAUUUUUGAGGUUAUUAGAAUCUUUUUAUCAGCUUUCUAAAUUCGAUACGAUAGACUAUAACGUCUAGCUGUUUCGGAAGUUUAAUCUUGAUAUUUUGUUCAGGUGUUAAUAGAAGCAAUUUUUUUGUCUUCAAAAAUGUAAUACGGUUUCUUACAUAAUUUUAAAAAUUUCCAAACGCAUUUUAUUCUUGUUUUUUUCUGACAAAUGCAAAAAAUCGUGAUAUCUAUUUUCUUGAAUUGCAUUUAUAUUUUUAUAGCGAUACAAAUUAAAAUCGUACAUAUUAUCCUUUUUUAAAGAAUUUCUGUUAUAUUCUUUAUAAUAUUGAAAAAUAUGAUUAUAGUCAUCACUAAAUGAAAUUUAAAUUAUUUGAUGAUUGUUGAAUUCAUUUAGUUUCUCUGCUAUAUUAAUGUUAUUCAUACAAAAAUGGAAUAAAUAGAAAAAAAUAAUUCGAUAUUGAUUUUCAAUUAUAUUGAAAAUUUUAUUGCUUUUCGAUUAACACUAACUUUAAAUUUCAGGCAACUCUUUCGUCAGAAAAUAUGAGCAAGAUAAAGACUCAACUUGUAUAAGAUAUGUAUUUACAAAAAUGAAAAACGAAGUUAAAAUAAGAAUUUUCUAUGCAAAAUUAUAAAUGAACACGCUUUAAUUUUGAAUUGCUUGAAAAUGAAUGGAUACCAGUAAAUCGUAAGGAACAAAAUAUAGUUAUCCAUAUUAUUGGUCCAUUUUCAUAUGCAAUAUUUCUAUUCCAGAAAAUAUACUUUCAGUGAAGUGUUGACUACUGAAAUAAGAUUAAAAAUCAAAAUAAUUGUUUUGUGAAUUCAUUCAUACAUGAAAAAUUCUCAAUAAUUUCACAUUACCUAAGAUUUCAAUACUCUACUGUUAAAAAAUAUAGAAAUAACGAUUUAUCAGACUGCAAAAUUAUAUUCAACUUACACAUUUUACUGCCUAAAACCAAUAAUUUAUCAUUAAGAAGAAAUUCUUGAUAAAAUUUUUUGGAAAGAAUUCCAAUAAAAGUGAUUUUUUAACUAGUGGAGUAUCAGGAGUAGUGCCUGCAUUAAUUUUUUUGAAGGAAAUUAUGUUAGAUUCUUCGAUGUUCCCUCUUUCUCUUUUACUUCUAAGGAGAUGGAUAAAAAAAUCCUAAUAUUUCGUUUUUGUAUAUAUGAAGAAGUUGCCAUAUAGUUGAUAGCAGAAAAAAUAGAAUCUUUUAUAAAUAAUUGAUAAAAUUCAAUUUAAUCUGAAUCUAAAUUUUGUGUUACAACUUGAAGAAAUUCCAUUGAAUGAAAUUUAUAAGGAGUAAUUUUUUUAUCCAUAUCGAAAAGAAGAUGACAAUUUUUCAUGUGGUUCAUAUUGAAUUGCUUGAAGAAUUGGAUAGGUAAAUAACAAAUUAUGCUUUGAUUAUUCACUGAACUGUGAUACCCAUAUUUUAUUUUAAGCAUUUACAUGCUCAAUAAUUGAUUAUUACUUUUAUUAUAAUGAGUAUGAUUAAUGUUUCCCUAAUUUGUUUUAUUAUUAAGUGUAUAUGUUUUGUUAUAGACUAUCUUAUUUUAUACAUUGUUGCAAGCACUAAAUCUUCAAUCGAUCAUCAUUAGGUCAAGUACGGACUGAAUUUCAUAGACUCGUUCCAACGAAGAAUUCCUUUUGAUUUUAAAUUAUGGUACACAGUAAUCUCAAUACUUAGUAAGUUUGCAUAUUAUGCUAGUCUUAUUUUUGUAAUAAUAUAUUGUUUAUAUCUAGUAGGUGUCCAGUAAGUAUGAAUAAAAAAUUAUAAAGAUUUUA